AGAACAGGCUAGAUACUCUGUUGGCGUUCGUCUCCCACACAACUUCCGUCCCACAUACGCCGCCGCACCCGUCCAGGAGGCUGCGACCGGCGGCAGCGGCGACCGGAGUCCCAGGGCGACGCGCCUCCGUUCGUCCCCGUCCGCAUCCUUCUCUCCGCUCGCGUGCACCACCCCGCCGUCUCAAGAGUAGGCGCAAAAACAAGGCAAAGAGAGAGUAAUGUGGCGUCGCUGGAUUUGCUGCAGCCGUCAAGAUGCUGAGUUUGAUGAGCGUGAAAAUGGGCAUGCCAAGGCGCCAACAAGUAAUGUAGAUGGAAUGAGAAAGGGUUUGAAAGAUUCUGCUACUGUGAAAGCCGAGCCACAAGAUUCAGCUCUCUCUAUCGAUAUUCCUGUUCUAUCAUUGGACGAACUGAUAGAAAAGACUGAUGAUUUCGGGGCAACGGCUCUGAUAGGAGAAGGGUCUUAUGGGAGAGUGUACUAUGCUGUCCUUGAUAACGGGACAAAAAUGGCUGUGAAGAAACUUGAUUCCACUGAAAACGAGACCACCUCGGAAUUCUUGACUCAGGUUUCCUUGGUUUCAAGACUGAAACAUGAAAACUUCGUAGAUAUUUUGGGGUACUGUAUGGAGCGUAAUCUUCGUAUAGUAGCCUAUGAAUUUGCAACCAUGGGUUCUCUGCAUGAUAUUCUACAUGGAAGAAAAGGAGUACAGGGUGCACAACCUGGUCCUGCACUUGAUUGGAUGCAGCGAAUGAAAAUCGCUGUUGACGCUGCCAAAGGACUUGAAUAUCUGCAUGAGAAGGUUCAACCUUCUAUCGUGCAUAGAGAUGUUAGAUCAAGUAAUAUCCUCUUAUUUGAGGACUUCAAGGCCAAGAUUGCAGACUUCAAUCUCUCAAAUCAGGCUCCAGAUAUGGCUGCUCGGCUGCAUUCUACUCGUGUGUUGGGAACCUUCGGCUAUCACGCUCCAGAGUAUGCAAUGACUGGUCAGCUGACCCAGAAAAGUGAUGUAUAUAGUUUUGGAGUCGUUCUCUUGGAACUUCUGACAGGAAGAAAGCCUGUGGACCAUACAAUGCCUAGAGGACAGCAGAGCCUGGUUACAUGGGCUACACCGAGGUUAACAGAAGAUAAGGUUAAACAGUGCAUAGAUCCCCGGUUAAAUGGUGAAUAUCCACCUAAAGGAGUUGCAAAGCUUGCAGCGGUAGCAGCUUUGUGCGUGCAAUAUGAAGCCGAGUUCCGUCCAAGCAUGAGCAUUGUGGUCAAGGCUUUAUCUCCCCUAACCUUGAACAAGCAAACUCCCCCUGCACCACCACCAGCGCUAUGGACAGUUGAUUCACACACAGAAUUAACCGAAAAAUAAGAUACCUUUUAACUGAAGACGCGGGAUGAACAUAGUUCACUUUCCUCAUGCUGCUAUCUCUUUUGACGAAAAGCUUGGAUGAUAUAUAUGCAAGCCAAGAUAUGCAGACAACAGAGCCAUCACUUGUCAGAUCUCUGCAACUAACUGCAUUAAGAUGUGUUUUGGUGGAAACGCCCUUCAUUAUGUGUAACUAUGGGAUAUCUGUAGCGAACAAUGUCCGAAAUAUUCACAUUUGUUGAAAUUGGACUGUAAAUCCUUACAUGGCUUUUUGACGAAAAUGCAGUUGGAUCCUCC